AUGACUCAAAAAAUCGGAUGGUUUGGCCUCGGCUCAAUGGGCCUGGGCAUGGCCUUGAACCUGCAGAAGCACCUUCAGGCUCAAGGCGGGCGACCUCUCCGCUACAGUAACCGCAGCUUAGCAAAGGGACAGCCUCUAGAAGAUGCAGGAGCUAUUUCUGAAAAGGACUUUGAGUCCCUUGUGCAGGGAUGCGAUGUCAUUUUCACCAUGAUCUCAAAUGAUGAGGUUCUCAAUGAGCUGCUAUCAAAAGCACUAGGCAGCAGCAUCUCCUUGAGCGGCAAGAUAUUUAUCGACACCUCUACAAUCCACCCAGACACAUCUGCCUCCGCCGCAGAACGCCUCGCUGAAAAGGGCGCAACGUUUAUCGCUUCCCCUGUCUUCGGCGCCAGCCCCGUCGCAGCAGCGGGGAAGCUGAUCUUCGCCAUGGCUGGGCCGGCCCCAGCACUCAAAACAGUCAGGCCCUUCAUUCUCAACGUCAUGGGCCGCAGCAUCAUAAAUAUGGGCGCAGAUGUGCGGAAAUCCAGCCUCCUCAAGAUCUGCGGAAACAUCCUCGUAAUAAGUUUCAUGGAAGUCCUCUCAGAAGCACACGUCUUUGCCGAGAAAACAUCACUGGGCGGAGCCCAACUCGAAGAAUUCGUCGGCAACAUGUUCGGCCCCGUCCUCGAGAGCUACUCAGCGCGCAUCACGAGUGGAUCGUACGCGCCGCCGUUGGACCAGGGGCCCGGAUUCGCGGCAGCCCUGGCGUGCAAGGAUAUGAGGCAUGCGCUUAGUAUCGCGAAGGCGAGUGGGACGACCUUGCCGACUACGGAGGUUGCGUACGAGAGGUUGAGUAGGGCGAGGGAGUUUGCAGGCGAGUGUUUGGAUAGUGCGGCGAUGUAUGGGACGGCGAGGCAGGAGGCGGGGUUGGAGUUUUGGAAUGAGAACAGCAGGAAGGGGAAUGAGUAG